GGCCCUGGUUGUCUGUCACGCUCAUCACUCACACAGCCUAUCUACUGAAAUGUUGAGCAUGCAAAGUUCUAGUCCCACUGUUUUCCAGACCCCAUCUACUCCUGGACGUUCAUCAUAUUACUCCGCAAGGAGCCACCAACCACUUGCUUCGUCACCCUUGGCUUCUCCGAAAUCAUCACCCGUAGUGGCUGCACAAGCAAGACGACAAGCCCAAUACAAAACUCGUGCAACAGGUUCUUCUAGAAGCGCGACCAACCAACUUCCAUGCACACAAUCAGGCAGCCAGACGCCCGAAAACCCUCAGAAAUCAUUUUUACGUGAUCGUUUUAAAGCGCGAUGUCUUGAGCGCGCCCAAAAACAACGACAUGAUAAAGUCCAGAAACAAAGAACAGCUAGUGGCAGUGACGUGUUUUUUGAUUCUGAGAUGGACUGUGAUGAGGAUGAGGACGAAGAAUUCGUUAUGCAAGACGAGCUCUUUCGGAGAAUCAUUGCCAAUGCUGCACAUAAGAAAACCCAUGAAUACCGUCUUUCGUAUUCUUAUGAUGUCGGAUCCUCGUUUGACCCGGACAUGGAGGAUGUGAACCGGUGGGAAAGUGAAUUGCAAGAAAUGCCCCCUGACAGCUAUAGUGUGACGCCGGAAGACCUCGAGCAAGAGGAAAUUGAGGCUUACGCCGCAGAAUAUGCAAACUUUCAAGAAUUGUCGGAUCUGGGUGCUAGCAUUGACGACUUUUCUGCGUGGAGUGAUAUUGAAGAUACUCCACUGCCGUCAUCGCCAAUGACAGACAAGCCAGGGCGCUCGUCAGAGGAUCAGGAUAUGGACCUGUCCUAAAUGAAGUCGCGUGCUGUGAUCGCGCUUUCUGCUAUGGGUGGCUAUUAUGCACUUAUGAGUUGUAUCUUCAUCUACUGUAAAUUAUGCGCAGAUAAAGUCGAGUGGCACUGUGGCAUAGCCACGUCAACACUCUUAUCUUAUCAAGGAUAUAGUCCAGACAAACCAUAAGUGCGUCAGUAUAUAUGGAUCAUGCU